UAUUACUGGGUAAACUAGGUCUAGCAAGAUCAGCAGUCCUCAGCGCGAUAUGUUUUCUCGUAGGGUCCGCCGGACAAGGCGCGUUAGCGAGCACUAGUUUCAGAGCCAUGCAGUGCAGCGCGUCUGUCGCUCGAACGCGUUCUGUGAAGCACUUAUGAUACGUAACGUCGGUGUCAGAGCCUAAACCAUCACCUGUUUGCCGGUGUCAGAAACCCAUCUCAUUAAUCCGUCCCGUUUUUGACGAUCCUCGUGCUUGGUCCCUGACCAAACUCUUUCUCCCCCCGGUUCCCUUACCGUAGACAAUGGCGCGAGAAGGCACCACAGCGCGCCGAGCCUCGAACACCGUGAAAGUGUCGUUUCAGCCGUUCGAUGUGGACUUCCAUCCGACGGCCCACCUGCUCUCUGUGUCGUUCAUCUCCGGUGUCGUGCAACUGUUCGAUGUCGAUCCAGCCACAUUGCAGUUUGAAAGCAAGUGGAAGAAGAGGGGCCACACGGACUCGUGUCGAGCUGCUCGAUUUGCUGCCAACGGCCGAUUCGUGGUGUCAGCAGCAGCAGACAAGUCCAUUGUGGUGCGAGAUGUGGAGACAGGGGAGAGAGUGAGCAAGGUUAUGGGCGCUCAUAGUGAGGGCAUCAACCGGCUGGCCUGCUGGGGCGAUUCGUGUGUGGCUUCUGGUGAUGAUUCCGGCACAGUCAAGCUGUGGGACCUAAGGCAGGACGGCAGUGCCAUUAACAGCACAGCCUCAGUGCAAGUGGCAUCAGACUAUCUCACUGACAUCCGACCCCUGCCCUCCUGCAACCGCCUUCUCACGUCCAGUGGUGACGGCUCCAUGGCUGUUGUGGACCUCGCAACCAACAGAGUUGUAGCACACACUGACAGCACUGACGAUGAUUUGCUCUCAGUUGUAGCAGUCAAGAGUGACUCCAAGGUAGUGUGUGGCUCGCAGAGCGGGCUGCUCUAUUUCUUCAACAUGAGUGGGGCGGAGAGGGACAACGAUCGCUUUCGAGGCCACGGGGGUUCAGUAGACACCAUUCUGCCUCUAGACGACGACACACUACUCACAGCGUGCUCGGACGGGCUCAUCCGAGUACUAUCUGUCUUCCCCAACCGGUUCCUGGAUGUGGUGGGCUCGCACACGGAUGCCGCAGUGGAGGCACUUGCACUAUCCCAUGACCAGAAGCUGCUCGUUAGUGCCGGCCACGACCAGAAGAUCAAGGCAUGGGAUAUAGAUGGAAUCUUAGAUGAGGAGGAGGAGGGAGAGGAGGGGGGGGAGGCAGAGGAGGAGGAAAGGCAGGAAGAGGAGAAUGAAGCAGGGGAGGGGGGAAAUGAUGCCAGGGCAAAUGGAAAGGAUUCAGCCGAGCUAGGCUCUACUGCUGCUGCUGUUGCAGCUGCUUCUGCUGCUGUUGAGGAGGAUGAAGGAGGGGGGAGGGGAGAGGAAGGACAGGCAGGGGGGGAUAAGGCGCAGAAAAAGGCUGGUAGAAACAAGGGUGACUGUAAGGGGAGUGACAGUGACAGUGACCGUGGUGGAGAUGGCAGGGGUGGCGACUCGGACAGCAGUGACGACGACGGGGGCAAGGGAGGGAGGAAGAGACGGCGCUCGCCCAACCGUCGUGGGAAUUUCAAGGCGCGUGGAUGCGCAAUGACGGAUUUCUUUAGGGACAUUGAAUGACACGGGUGCCAGCUAGGAUACUGCUGGAUGUAGUAUAUCUUAUCAGCGCGUAACACCAACACAAGAUUGUAUGAGGGGUUCUUUCUAUGGCACUAGAAUGCAUUUUCUGUUUAUCUUUAUUAUC